GUGAGCGACUGAGGGCGUUAAUUCAAUUUCAGAAAACUGAAUGGACAGCAAAGUGAAAGGAGGUCCUUGAAAAUAUUGACUUUUCCUACAUUUAUGUGACUUUCUCACCACAGAAUGGCAGCUCAUCUGAAGAAACGUGCAUAUGAGGAGUUUAGCCAAAUAAUUCAGGAUGAGCCGAAGGCACCUCCGAUUAAGGUGAGACUUGUAGCCCGACCUCAGGUGACCCAGGUCACCCUUGAUCUGAGGGCUGGUAAUUCCAGAGAGGCCCUUACUCAGCUGCUUGAUCUAGAGAACCAGCUACCAGUCGGUCAAGAUGCGGCAGAGAGUAUUAUCAACACUCUUUUUGAGCACUACAGCAAAGAGGAAGGAGCUCAUGUAAGGUCAAAGGUCAUUGAAUUAUUGGGUCGAAUUGCCAGACUCCCGGGUGUGAACGCUGUGGGCAUCGCCAAUGACCUGAUGACGCUCUUAGCCACUGAAGGUUCUCACAAGGUCAAAGGUCAAAUAUUUACCACACUCACUGUGAUUGGACGGAGCCUUCCUCUGACCUCCGAUCUCCAUCGUCAGCUUCUGCAACUUGCUCAAAAACAUUUAACCGACUCAAACCACGCAGUACGAUGUGCUACCUUGAGCAUGAUUGGCCAGCUUGGUAUGUGCGAUGUCAAAUCGGUGGCGUCGUCGUCGUCCUCGGGAAAGAGUAGCAAGGAACGUCGCAAAGGCAAUGUACAAAGGAUGCUGGGAGAUUUUACAAGCGAUAGGGACGCAAGGGUCAGGGAAGCUGCUUUCCAAGCUAUGUUUUCCCUACACCUGCGAGGGCAGAAACUAGACCUAGACCUCUACCAGCAAUCCAUCAAAUCCUUGACGGAUGAUCAUGAAGGGGUCCGACUGGUUGCACUCAAACUAGUCUGGGUCCUGAGUCAGGUCUACCCUGACGAGCCCGUUGUGGUUCCUGGAACCACGGAGGAGACCCUGAGGCUUGUCGAUGAUGGUUUUGCCAAGAUCUGCGAGAUGGUGACGGAUUCCUCAACCAAGGUUCGAGCGGAAGCAGCGGGUCUCCUGGGCUCGUUGCAUUCCGUCAGUACCAGGUUUCUUGAGCAGACUCUGGAUAAGAAAUUAAUGUCAGGACUCAGGAAAAAGAAAACUGCGCAUGAAAGACAGAAGGAGCAGUUCACAUCAGGGGAGUGGUCGACUGGUAAGAAAUGGGCCGAUGACAAGCCGCAGGAGGACGUGGACCCUGAAUCUGUGAGCCUGAUAACGUCUGGGGCUUGUGGGGCCUUCGUCCACGGUCUCGAGGAUGAAUAUUUAGAGGUCAGAUCCACUGCUUUAGACUCCCUCUGUGAGCUUGCAUUCCAGUCGCCAUCCUUUGCCAUCCUCUCCCUCGACUUCCUCGUCGACAUGUUCAAUGACGAGAUCGAGAGUGUCCGUCUGAACGCCAUCCACAGUCUACGAAAGAUCAACCAUCACAUCAAAUUAAGAGAAGACCAGCUUGAGAUUAUUUUGAAUGUUCUUGAUGAUUCCUCCAAGGAAGUGAGGGAGGCUCUGCAUGAGCUGCUGUCAUCCAUUGCCAUGGUAACCAAGUCCUGCCUCCACAAGGCUCUAAUGUUCCUCAUCAGAAAUCUCAGCAAGUACCCCCAUGAUAGGCUCUCAAUAUGGAACUGUUUGAAGAACCUAGGUACCGCCCACCCAGACCUGACCUUAGCCUUGGUACCAGACCUCCUAGGCACUCAUCCUUACUUUGAUACACCAGAACCAGACAUGGACGACCCGGCCUACAUUGCUGUGAUGAUAAUGAUCCUCAACUCUGCAGUCAACUCCCCUACCAUGUCCGCCCUGUUUCCAGAGUACACCUUCAGACAUUAUACCUAUCUGAGGGACUCCCUACCACACCUUGUACCUGAAGUAGAGAACCUUCAACCAGCCCAGAGACAGUGUCUUUCUAACAGAGGAGACAGUAUGGCUGACAGGCAGACCAAUCCUCAAGACUUCUUACAACAGACCUUAGAUAAACUCAAGGGUCUCGAUAGUCUGUCUAACUCUGCUGCCAUCAACAUCAUGCAGCUCACUGUACAGGAUUUACAACGUAUUAGUGAGUUAGAACCCAAGAUAACAGCUACUGCCCAGUUAUAUUCCAUGUACAUCGACUGUCAACUCACUCUAGCAAAGGCGUUGAGCGGUGAUCAUUGGAACGUCCCAGCCAUGCUUUGCCCUCAGCAGAGCGCUGAGACUGCUCUUGCUGCUUCAGAAAGGGUGAUAGAACUUAGCUACAGACUUCAGCAUCUUUACGUCGGUUGCAGCGAGUCCGAGCUUGCCAUGGUGCAACAACUCCGACUUCGGGCAUGGGCCCUGCAACUCGUGGUACAGCUCAGGGGGAGCAGUAGCAACAGUGGUAGCAGUGGUAGCUCGUCCAGUCAUCUGGCACAGAAGUUCCUGACGAGAGCAUCAGCAAUGCAAGAACACUUCUCAUCAGCGACCAUCACACCAGAUUCAUUCACACAUGCCGUCUUCACUCAGGUUCUGAAGCUGUCAGCGGCGAGGCACGGCAUCCUCACCAAAUUCCUCCAGCCUCUCCUCCUUCACAACCGGGCUCCUGUCUUGAGCCUCGCCAACACGAUCAGCCGUGUCUCGGCGGUGAUCCGCGAGCCUGCGGGCGGGAGCGACAAUCCCCUGCGAUUCACCGCGGGACUCACUCUCGGUCUAUUCGUGGACGCGGAGCUGGAGAAUGUGCGUGACUUGGAACGGGUUAGAAUUCAGGUGCGUUUCCCGGACUCCCGAACGCAACUCUUCAUCCCUCGUAGCAGUGACUUCAGAAUCCUGAGCAAUCUUAGACAUCGCUUCAUGACUGAAAUCUACCUAUCGCACGGUCUGUGGUCAGAACCAAGUCAGAUCGAGGUCAGUAUCGUGAUGACCCGUGACCUUCAUGGAUCGGGCCCUUCCACUUCAUCAAAAGGGGAGAUGUCAUCGAGUAGCAGUAGAGGGACCGUGGAGCUGAGUAAACCCGUGAAAGUGUUCUUAAUGCCCAAGCCGGCCAAGAGAUGAUGAGAAAUUCACGUUGUUGUAUUAUGCGAGGUAGCUGUUGAUCAGAUAUGGAGCCAUGCCUGAAGUUCUGAGCUCUUAGACUGCAGAAGAAAGCUUAUUUUUCUUAAUAGAUAAAGGGUAAUAAUAAUAUAGGUAUAUAUAUUUACCCAAGGAAGCCACUUCAGUUCUGAAAACUGUUCUCCCAGCGGGCCCUGCUAUUAUUAUUACCCCGGCUUUAGCUUUAGGGUAGAACAUUUUAGUGGUUGGUUUCAUGAUUCGGUGAAGAAAGUUUAAAACAGGACAAAGUGGCAUAUUCACUGUUAUAUGUGUAGGCCUGUAUUCUGAAUUCCAGUUUACAUUAGUCCAUGGUAUCAUUCUGUGUUAAAAUUAUGGGAAGCCGAAAAUUGCAUUUAUAUUUAAAUGUUUCCUACCUUUGCUUGGCUCUUUUCUCAUGCUCUAAUAAUGAAGAGAGCUAUUUCACUAAUUAUUCCCAGUCAUUCAUGGUUGUAAAUGGUGGUGAUUUUUACCUGAUUGCUAGGAAAGCAUGAAUAUUAGUAAGCAAGCAACCAGAGGACCAACUGCUGAAAGGUCCUUUCAGAGGGACCUGGUAAUGAGGACAAAUGCCUUUAUACCAAAAGGCACUGGCGCACCAAGUAGGAAUCGAAUUCGGGACGCUCGAAUCCGAACCCUGGAAUCCGAACCCUCCGCUCUAACGACUGAGCUAUCUUCUAUCAAUCUUCAAUGGGGGGGGGGGUCAUUUUCUAAUAUCGACUGAAUAAGUUAUCGAUGGUUUAUGUGUCAAAUGAGAUGGCAAAAUGAACUUUUACUAAUAGAGAAAUCUGUUACACUUUUGGCUAUCCAUAGUUAAACUACACAAGAGCUUAAAUUAAACUAGAGUUCAGAAUACACUCAGGCUGUAGUCUCACUUUUAAUUUUGAUUCCAUGGGCAGCAAUGACCAUAAGGCAGAAGUGGAAAUUGAGCCAUGUUGGACUUUCAAAAUUAGUGAAUAUGAAAUUCACAGCUUGUGAAGGAUCAGUGUUCUCUCUUUCCAUCUUGGGCUAAAAAAGUCCACCAGUAUGGCUGGCAACAACUCUAAGUUUGAUUUCCCAUUCCUUCGGUGAAACACUGUAUUAUCAGAUUUGUUUUAUAUAAUAAAGAUGUAAUGUAAAUAUGUGA